AUGGCAAACACUUUUAUUUCUAUUGAAACUUUUGAGGAAAUUAUUUCCACUUAUAAAGCUUCUUUGAAACAUAAUCAACGUAAUAUAUAUUUGGUUAGUCAAGAUGAGUACGAAGAUAUUAAGAAAGCUUUGCUUGCUGAUCAUAUUGUACAUGUUAAACUAAAUGAUAGAAAAGAAAAAGCUACGAAUAAUAUCAACAAAAAUAUUCAUUCAUUGCCUGUUCUUAUAAGAGAAAAUAUGUAUAGAAUAUUUUGUUCAGCCCAUCUUGAUGUAAGCCAUAAAAAGUUAGCCGGUACUUAUGAUAAAUUACGUAGUAAGUGGGGUAAUAUUAACAAAAAGUUAGUUCAAUAUUUUUGUGAAAAAUGUUCUAUUUGUGCAGUUCGCGUAAAUAGAAAGUUUGGUAGUGAAGUUGCUGGAAAAGCAAUUAUUGCUAAAAAUUUUUUAUCUCGUUUGCAG